GCUAUGCAUGUCUUGAAAGAUGGUAAAAAAGAGAAUGGGAAGCGAAAAAAUCGAGCAAUUUGGACGUGAGGAAUCUCCGGGUAAUGAAAAUGACCGUACGGAGAAGCAGGAUCUAUCUGGCAAUACUAUGAACGAGAAAACAUCGACAGAACAGGCGAGGACAACCCAAAAUAUAGAAGAUGACGAAAAUGAAUCGUUCGAACAAGUACAAGUCGAAAAAAAGGGCACACAUAAUAAUCCUCAAGUGGAAUCGAAUGACAUCGUUCCAGGAUGUGUAUAUCCUGAAGUACCCGAUCCUUGCGACCCAGCUCGCAUUUUAACAUCCAAGGACCUCCGCAACCAACGUCUGAUAUUCUGGGUGUUUAUUGCCAGCCUUAAUAUUGGUAUGGCCAUGAUCGCUCUGUUCUCGAAGCAGGGUAUUGUGGUUUUCGUCUUCAUUCUCUUCAUAAAGAGUAAAGACUUCAUCUCUUGUAUCAUCUCAGGCCUGGGACGGUUGACCGAAUCUAUCUAUUGUAUAUUCAAACCGUUAACUCCAACCCCUCGACAAUGGAUUUUGACGCUAAUACCCGCAUAUUCGGAAAGCGAAGAGCAAAUUGUGAAGACCAUAUAUUCUCUCCGCGACAACGAAGUUGGACAGCACCGUCAGGUGAUGGUGGUUCUGCUGGAUGGAAAGCCUCGCGACGUACGCCGCCACAUGACGAGGAUUAUUCGUGAUUUUGAACGGCCUUACAUAACACUCAAGUUCAAGCGGGGCUCACUGAAGAUAACAGCGGGUUUUGCUCAAGAUGUGCCUGUUAUAGUCAUUGAAAAGGUUAAGAACAGUGGCAAAAAAGACUCACUUGUAUUGUGUCACGACUUAUUCAACGUCCCCAGGGAAAAUGUGCCGCUCUAUACCAAGCUCUUGAGAGAAGAGAUUUGGAAUGAUAUCCUACCGGUAUUGACGGAAGGUGAAAACUUCGAAAAAUUCGACAUGGUAUUUUGUACAGACGCAGACUCGACCAUAUACAAAGGUGCCGUUGCCAAUCUAGCUGAUGCACUGGUGCGAGAUAAGAACGCCAUCGCUGCUUGUGGCCUGGUGUUGGUGGAAUUGGAACCAGGUUUCGAGUGGUCUUUUUGGAAUUUAUACCAGCAGUUUCAAUACAGUUAUGGAAAAUAUGUGCGCCGACAAGCUGAGAGUUACAUUGGUAAAGUCACAUGUCUACCCGGAUGCAUUACUAUGAUAGCAGUAAGGGACGAGAUGGCGGGGGCGAUCCGCAAGUACGCGGAGCCUAUCACCAAAUACCCGGUGGUUUUUCAUCAGGUCCAGUAUCUCGGUACAGAUAGGCGACUUACCUACUCCAUGCUUUCUCAAAACUCAAAACUACAUACACUGUUUGUCUCUAACGCGAUCAGCGAGACCAUCGCACCCCAAUCUUUACAGCAUUAUCUAUCCCAAAGACGCCGCUGGGGAUCUAAUGCAUAUUUUAAUAACUAUUUCUACUUCAUGGGCGAGAAGAUGAUCUUGAUCUCCCGCAUUUCAGCCUUGAUAGACAUAGCCAGACUCUCUAUGGUGUACUAUCGAGUUCUAAACACCGCCUUAUUUCUCAAGGGACUGACUGAAAACGUUUCCAUCCUGUCACUUAUGCCGUUAAUGAUCGUCGCAUAUUUGCCUACCGUUUGGUACUUGAUGACCAUUUUCACUUUGGAGAAAGAGUUGCAAAAGAGAGCACACAAACUCAUGAUCGGCCUCUGUAUCAAUAAAAUCAUCAGCUAUUUCAUCACAGUCAUGAUUUUCACGAAAGUGGCCAAAAACCUGGGCAGUCAAGUUUGGGGUAUGUCGGGUGUCACGGCAACAUCGGCUACAGCGCCUGUAGCGGCUACAUCGGAGGUGAGAUCGGAUGUAACAUCGGGUGUAACGGCCCAGACGACAGCAACUCUGAAUCAGCCGCACGGGGCGGAGGAAGGCCGGGAAGUGCCCUGGUCAAGCGAUCGUGAUGAUCCGAAUCACGAGUUCAGUGUGUUCUAG